ACUCAACGCUUUCCUAAUGGAAACCCUUUGGCCAAAAAAUGCUUCUUCGAUUUUCUCUAAUUCAUCACUUUCUAUUACGCUUUCUUCAUUGUCUAAAUUUUCCCAUUACCAGGUUCGCGUUUCCAUACCACCCAAUCGCACACGCAGAACCAGAAGAGCCUUCAAUUUGAGCAUGGCUUCGGCUGCACACACCCCAGCCAUUGAGCAACAGAGAGUUACAAUACCCAACAAGCACGGUGAAAAACUAGUGGGUCUAUUGCACGAAUCUGGAAGCAGGGAGAUUGUAAUCUUGUGCCACGGUUUUCGCUCCUCAAAAGAAGCCAAUGCCUUGGUGAAUCUUUCUGCUGCAUUGGGAAAUGCCAGAAUCAGUUCCUUUCGCUUUGACUUUUCUGGCAAUGGGGAAAGUGAUGGUUCAUUUCAGUAUGGUUACUAUUGGAGGGAGGCUGAAGAUUUACAUUCUGUAACUCAACAUUUCCAUGAAUCAAACCGUAUAGUUAGUGCAAUUGUUGGGCACAGUAAAGGAGGAGGUGUGGUGCUUCUUUAUGGUUCUAAAUAUCAUGACGUUAAAACAGUUGUCAACCUAUCUGGACGCUAUGAUCUGAAGGCAGGAAUUGAAGAACGCCUGGGAAAAGAUUAUAUGGAAAGAAUUAGGAAGGAUGGUUUCAUUGAUGUGAAGAGGUCAGGAAAAUUUGAGUACCGUGUGACUGUUGAAAGUUUGAUGGAUCGCUUAGAUACAAAUAUGCAUGAAGCAUGCCUUCAGAUUGAUAAAGAUUGCAGGGUGCUUACAGUUCAUGGUUCUUCGGAUGCAAUUGUCCCCGUUGAAGAUGCACACGGGUUUGCCAAGAUUAUACCAAAUCACAAGUUACAUAUCAUAGAAGGAGCUGACCAUUCAUUCACUAAUCAUCAAGAUGAAUUAGCCUCUGUUGUUGUGAACUUCAUAAAGGAAUCCUUGCACCAGGAUAGGGGUACAUCUAGCUAGGUGCUAGCAGCAUCUGAACAUUACAUUUUUUUAUGGACAUUCGUUUUUCUAAUGAUAUAAAAUUGCGGUAGAUCUUGCAGUUUAGAGCCAGUUGAAUUUGAUGCUCUUUACAAAUUUUCUCUCAUGGAUGAACCUCAUGUUUGAGCUCUUUUAGAUUUUGCAUGUUAAAAUAGUGAAUCUUGCAUCAGGGUUGAUCUGCAGGUGAUAUUUAUCUCUGAUUAGAUGGUAAGUUAUUUUGACACUAACAAUUAUGACGUUGCAAAACGUUACCUCAUGGUAUUGGUAGCAUAUU